AUGGAGGCAUCAGGAGCAGAUCGACAUGAGAUGGAUGUAGAUCUACCUGCUGGGAAUCAAUCGAAUCAACAAGCAAAUACUCGAACUUUGAGAAGCGCUGUUGUCCAAAUCUUCAACGAGAGGGAUGGGAGAUCGGCGUCGGUGUCAUCAACAACAUCAGCUUCUCGUUCACGUUCAGAGGGGUUUGUUCCUAGGGUAAACUACGUGUUGGUAAACAGAUCUCCACCUCCUACCACCAGCAGAAGAGGCCGUCGUCAAGGAGAAUCUUCAGGCCAACAUCCGAGCAACCAGGUCCUUCGAGAAGGGGAUAUUGCUAGAAGAGGUGUGCGUGCUCGAGCUAACAAUCCACCUGUUAGUCAAGCUAACACCACACCAGCCGUACAGACCAACGUUCCACCUACGGGAAAUAACCCGCUGGUGAUGCCUAUCGAUUUAACAGUUCGUGAACGGCUGCAGGAACUGGAAAGAGAGAACAAACGACUCAAAGUUUCUUUGGAGAAAAGAAGAGAGCUUGAAGCACCAGCAAACUCACGUUCUGGAAGUGGAAGGACAAAUCGUCACCGAGGUCCAGAUAGUCCACGGAGAAGAAACGAAGUUAUUGAUGAUCGUUGGCGAAGUAGUCCAAAUGAUGAUUAUUAUUAUGGAGUUGAAAGAGGUAGUCAGGCAGGGACCAGUAGAAGGAGGAAGGGACUGAGAAUUGAUCAAACCAAUGAUGGGUACUCAAAGAGAUCAAGGCGUGAAAGAGAUCAUUCCAAAAGGAGAACAGACCUUGUUAGGAAUGAACGAAUUCGCAAGGAAACGGAGGAUGACUCGGAGAAGGACGAAGUGCUUAGCAGAAAGAAGCUUAGCGCCAUGAUUGAUGAGUUGUUAACGCAAAAGCAAUCUAGAGAUGAAGAGCAACAAAUCUUAUCCAUGAAAAAGUCAAUGGAUUCUCCAUUUGUUGGGAAGAUAAGGCGAUUCCGCCCAGCCUCAGUUCAAAGAAUUUUUUGA